UAGUAGAAAUCGCUAGCUAGUUAGUGUUGAAAAUAGGUUGCAAGACUGAAACAAUCAGAUGUUAAAAUUAAUUAUUAAAAAUCUUUUUCUGAAAGCACUUAAAGACACUUUUCACAUUCUUCCCACAAAGGGGUUGAUAGGGCGAUCGCGGGUGGGGAUGGAAUAGGCACGAUCAGCAUAAGGUUUUGCAUGUAUGGGCAGUGUGGCCGGUGGUUGCCUAAUGAUCGACCACCCGGUUACACACCACAAUGGAUCGCUGCCCUACUACGACCACUAUACACUAGCUUCACUGUCUCCGAAGGACAAUCGCUGAAACUUGGACGAACUUGCGUUGAUCUCACCAACCAAAGCUCUUUUCCCUCUCUCCCUCUAUCACACACAAACACAUAGAGACAUACCAACUCCAUUCGAUCUUCGAUUCGGGCGAGCUUUCGCUUCUCGGGCAUCUCGGGUCGAACAUCAUCAACAAAUCACAUAUUUGUUGUCUAACGAACGCGUACCGCUUUGGCGGUGUGCGUUUUGCUUACAGACCCCUUAGAUCCAAACCCCGGGGUGGUGGAUGGCUCGCGAAAGCUUUGUAUUUUGUCACACCGUGCCAGCGUUACCGUUUGCGCGGACGGAUCUUUGUGUGCGUCCGUAAGGAAUCGUUUCGUGCAGCAGCCACCGAUCGAUCGUGUACAUCUCUGUCGCAAGAUCGUCUAGCACGGCUGUUACCGCAUCCGCACCGGUGCGACCACGGCGUGUAAGAGGAAGGGAGGGUUUUUGGGGUGGGCCCUGCCAAAUUUUUCCGUUUUCGGUGACAGACCGAGCUAGAGCCGAUUUUGUUUUUUUUUUUUGGUUUGUUGUGGGGAGUAGCAACACCCGAAGGAGUUGCGCUACGGUUCGUACCGCUGGUCAGUUGCUGGUGUUUUGUCGUGUGGGACGGUCGAGUCGCGCGAUCGUUUUGAUUUUGCUGGGUACCGUCCACAGCAUGCCGUCCAUCGAUCGGUUACGGUGACUUUUCAAAGGAAGAAGAAACAAAAAGGAAGAAGAAACACGGAUAUCAGUGGGUGCGUUUUCCUGUUUGUGUUUGUAUGUGGGUACGUUGGAGUGUGUGUGAUCGGUCCCCGAUUUUUAUUUUGUUGGUAGAUAACAUAAAAGAUGUCCAGCUCGACUGUUACGUAUGGGAUGGACUUUAUUAGACAACAACUAGGUCAACGCAAAUGUUGAACAAAAUAUAGGCCAAUCGUCCUAUAUGCUUUCUACGAGCAAAAGUUCAAAGUGUAUCUUCCUUCGGUCGGUGAUUUUUAUCGAAGCGAUCGCUACGCUAGGGGCUUUCAAAGUGACCAAAUUUGCCCCUUAAAGUUAGCCCCGAAAAUCUAUCGAAAACGGGUGACUUACAGGGCAUACUGGAAGAACAUCCACGGGGCAGCAAGAGAAAAAAGAAACAAGUUCCACGUCACACCAUCACCUUCCGUUCUGUGAGCACGUGAAAAUUGUGAGCAGCAGUACAACCAAACGCAACCAAACAUGAGCGUCGCGGACAACUUUACCGACUUCUAUUCCGGCACAUCGUUCGUCUUUCGGAUGGCGGUGGACGAGUACAACAGUGAGCGCAACUGGACCGGCCUUAUCGAUCGCUACUGGUUGAUCGUGGAGGAACUGAUCGCUGAUCCCCGAGCGAAACAGCUUCCCUUCAUGGACAAUCCACUGCCGACGCUAGGCAUGAUCAUCUGCUACCUCUUGUGGGUUCUCCUGAUCGGUCCGAUGUACAUGCGCGACCGUAAGCCGAUGGACUUGCGACGCGUGAUCAUCUUCUACAACCUGUUUCAGGUGCUCCUCAGUGGCUACAUGUUCUACGAGCACCUGAUGGCCGGUUGGGUGAGGGGUUACAGUUUAACGUGUCAAACGGUAGACUACACCGAUAGUCCCCUUUCGAGAAGAAUGUUCAAUCUCUGCUACGUGUACUAUCUCUCGAAGCUGUCCGAGUUUGCCGACACGGUGUUCUUCGUUCUUCGUAAGAAGCAGUCCCAAAUUACCGACCUGCACGUAUAUCACCAUUCGCUUACACCGAUGGAGGCCUGGAUACUGACAAAAUUCAUUGCCGGUGGUAAUGCGACGCUGCCGAACGUGAUUAACAACUUCGUCCAUGUGCUAAUGUACUUCUACUACAUGCUGUCGGCAAUGGGAUAUAAAAUCUGGUGGAAAAAAUACAUGACAGAAGUUCAAAUUAUUCAAUUUGUUAUCUGUAUCGCGCACUGUAUCAACGCUCUCGUCACCGGUUGUCCGUUCCCGCGCUUCAUCACCACCCUGCUGCUUAUCAACGCAUCCAUCUUUCUGGCACUGUUCAUGAACUUCUAUAUCGAAAACUACAGGCGUAAAUCGAAACCGGCAGCCAGCAAGCUGACCACCGACGGUACACCAACGAUCGAACCAGCGAAGGAUGUUUCCGGUGUCCAAGAGCUUCCGGCGGUGGAGGUAUCCGAUGUGGCAAUGGUUGCGGCCAUUACUAAACCAGACCAAAACACUCAGUCACUCAAGGACGAUCCCGGUGCGGAACAGUCAGAAGACAUCAACAAUAACAGCAGCAGCCGGGUAGAGUUGGAAAAGAAACCAAUGGACGAGACCGCGCUGGAGGGAAAGCCUGAACUGGAAUGUGAAGGAAGUACCGUCGAGGAGGUAAUCAUGGAGACGGUGAAAGAGUACCCACCACAGGACACUAACGGACUGAGGCAACGAAUAGUGCUGGAGACGGCCGAAGAAAGCCGAACGGGGUCAACAAAAAUGGUGGAACUUGCAAGCGGUUGAGCACGCGGUUUCACAGCCGAUGGGCCCCAACGCCUGCAUAGUGUGUGUGUGUAUGUGUGUGCGCGUGUAGAUUUAUGUAUGGUUGAGUCGCAUUUUAUUUUUCUGUCUUUUUUUAAAAACACAAACACACACAUGGAAACGAAAAGUCCGAACUAGGAAGAUAGAUCACUCAGUUUUAGUCAGUCCGUGCGUAUACACGGCCGGGGGGAGGGUGUUCUUCCUAUAAAAUGGGGGAUGAUCGUGUUUCGUGUCCCAUAGUCGGAAGUAAAGCAAAUCUUUAACGAAAAAAAAACACAAGAAACAACCUUAGCAGUGUAAAAAGAUAGCGAGCAAAACUGUAUCUAAGAGCGAGCCAUUUGCUGGACUGUGCGCGGUCCUUGUCCAGCUCGUUCCCGACGGAUGAGCUUUAGCAUUAAGUCAACGAAAUGUGCGUGUGCGAGAGAAACAAGACACAAAAUGCAGUAACACAUCUUUAACGAAAA